GCAGGCGCCCUGCGGCCGCCCCCCCCUCGCCGGGCCGGCGCAUGCGCGUCGCCCCCCCUCGGCCGCGGGGAGGGGGAUGCGGACGGGGGAAGAUGGCGGCCUCGAACAACCCGCGGAAAUUCAGCGAGAAGAUCGCGCUGCACAACCAGAAGCAGGCGGAGGAGACGGCGGCCUUCGAGGAGGUCAUGAAGGACCUGAGCCUGACCCGCGCGCACCGGCUACAGCUGCAGAAAACCCAAUAUUUGCAACUGGGGCAGAGCCGUGGCCAGUACUACGGGGGGUCGUUGCCAAAUGUGAAUCAGAUUGGGAACAGUGCCAUGGAUCUCCCCUUCCAGCACAACGGAGCUCUGGCUGAAGCCUUUGGAGCAGUUCCUGUCUCUUUGACCCCGUUCCAGUCGUCGGCCCUGGACACGAGCAGGACCACGCGGCACCACGGGCUGGUGGACAGAGUGUACCGGGACCGGAACCGCCUGGGCUCGCCCCACCGCCGCCCGCUCUCCGUGGACAAGCACGGCCGGCAGGUGGACAGCUGCCCCUAUGGCACCGUGUACCUGUCACCGCCGUCGGACACCAGCUGGAGGAGGACAAAUUCUGAUUCUGCCUUGCACCAGAGCACCAUGACUCCAGCUCAGCAGGAAUCCUUCUCAGGAGGGUCACAGGACAUGCAGCAGAAAAGAGUUUUGUUGCUGACUGUCCCUGGAAUGGAAGAAGCCACCUCUGAUGCAGACAAAACCCUCUCCAAGCAAGGCUGGGACACUAAAAAGACUGGGUCGUCGAGACCGAAAUCCUGUGAGGUUCCGGGAAUCAACAUCUUCCCCUCGGCCGAGCAGGAGAGCCCCGCGGCGCUGAUCCCCGGCACGCACAACACGGGCGGCUCGCUGCCCGACCUGAGCACCAUCCACUUCCCCUCGCCCCUGCCCACGCCGCUGGACCCCGAGGAGUCCUUCCCCGCCCUGAGCAGCUCCAGCAGCACGGGCAACCUGGCCGCCAACCUCACCCACCUGGGCAUCGGCGCCGGCAGCCCGGGAAUGACGACGACGCCGGCCCCGUCCCAGCACCGCCAGCCCAGCGUCAGCCCCCUGUCCUUGGGCGCGGACUCACGGCGACCCCAGUCCCAGCAAAUGUCCCCCACGCUGUCCCCACUGUCACCCAUCACUCAGGCCGUGGCCAUGGAUGCAUUGUCCCUGGAGCAGCAGCUCCCCCCGUACCCCUUUUUCACCCAGCCCAGCUCCCAGCAGCAGCAGCAGCCAGCGGUGGCCAGCUCCCUGCCCCAGACCCCCCCUCUGCUGCAGAGCUCGGGGCUGCAGAGGGGCCCCCAGCUGCCCCCUCUGUCCGUCACGGUACCUUCCAGCAUCCCCCAGUCGCCUCCCGGCAGCCAGAGCCAGCCCUCCGUGGGGAUCGACAUCAACUCGGCCUCACUCCAGCAGUACCGCAGUAAUGCUGGCUCCCCAGCCAACCAGUCUCCCACCUCUCCUGUCUCCAAUCAAGGCUUCUCUCCUGGCAGCUCCCCUCAACAUUCUUCCAUGCUGGGCAGUGUUUUUGGGGACUCCUAUUAUGAGCAGCAGAUGACAGCUAGGCAGGCUAAUGCCCUCUCCCACCAGCUGGAGCAGUUCAACAUGAUGGAGAACGCCAUCAGCUCCAACAGCCUGUACAGCCCCUGCUCCACGCUCAACUACUCGCAGGCUGCCAUGAUGGGACUGACGGGCAGCCACGGCAGCCUGCAGGACUCGCAGCAGCUCAACUUCUCCAGCCACGGCAACAUCCCCAACAUCAUCCUGACAGUGACGGGAGAGUCCCCCCCCAGCUUAUCAAAAGAACUGACCAGCUCCUUGGCGGGCGUGGGGGACGUCAGCUUCGACGCGGAUUCCCAGUUCCCCCUGGAUGAACUCAAAAUCGACCCCCUGACCCUGGAUGGACUGCACAUGCUCAACGACCCCGACAUGGUCCUCACCGACCCCGCCACAGAGGACACGUUCCGCAUGGACCGGCUGUGACCGGGGUCCCUGGCGGCCCGGGGUCCCUCGGGGGAGCAGCCGCUCCGCGUCCCUGUGCAAUGAGUACCCACAGCUUGUCGUUCUGAGCUUGCCGCGCUGCCGAGCCCCGUCCCAGCCGUCACCCCGAGCCGCCCGCUGCCGUCCAGCUGUCAGGAGUUGUCCGGUGUGUCCCGGUGGUUUUUCCCGGUUUGCCGUCGGCCUUUUCCCCUGCGGAGCUCCCCCUUUGCCCCCGCGCACGGCGGGAGGGCUCCGGGCGGCGCGGCGGGGCCGGGGGCGCUGGCAGCGCCCGGAGCGUGGGGCCGAGGGGGCCCUGCCCUGCCCUGCCCUGCCCUGCCCUGCCCUGCCCGGUGCCUCGGGAAGCCAUCCCGCAUCGCCACCUCGCCCCGGGGCUGGGCUCUGCUCGGUGACAUCCCUCCGGCUGCCCUGCUUGUCCCCAGCUGUGUCCCCGCCCUCUCGUCCCUCCCUCCUGCCCCAGCAGUGCUGGCCUCCAGGCCCCAACAUCCACUUUGAACACUAUUCUUUCCAAGCUUUUCAUGGUUUCGUUCUGUUUUUUUUUUUUUUUUUAGUAUAUAUGUAAUAUAUAUCUAUUUCUAUAUAUGGCUACAUAUAUAGAGAGCAUUUCUGAGCACACAUGAAAGUUCUAUAAUUCAUUACUUGAUUAGACAGAGGAUCAGAACAUCUUAAAGCAGCUAAAGAAAAUAGAGACUAACCUGCAUAAUCCUAAUUUCUACUUGGUGAGAGAUUCCUGGGCAACAGGAAGGGCAUUUCCAUAGCAAUGCCAGGCUCGUAGAAUCAUGAUUUUUUAAUUUUUUAUUCUUAUUCAUUACUUAUUCUGUUACUUAUUUAUGAUUUUUUUUGUUCAGUUGUUGUUGUUGUCAUUUCUUUUUUUUUUUUUUUUAAUUUUAUUUAAAUAUUUGGAUAUUAGGAAAGUAGCUCAACUACAUACAGCCAAUGGAAGCACUCUACACAAUAUUUGUACAGUACAUUUUUUUUUUGUGGUUUUAUUCCAGAAAUAUAUUAUAUAUAUUAUAUAUGUAGGUAUUUUUAAACUAACUGGAAUUUUAAACAGAUGUUAAGCAGGAAUAAGGAAGCCUAAGGCAAGUUUAGAUAUUUCCCUUUGGAAUAGGCAAAACAGGGUGAUUGGAACUUAAAAAUUCCUUCGUUCACCCAGGGAAGAAAAAUCUCUUGCUCCACAAUGACCAGGAUUGAAUCCCAAAGCUCUGUGUGAUGAAAUGGAGAAUCGAUGGUUUCGGAAGGUCCUGGUGAAUAUUUGGUGCUGCAAAUUCAAAACCAAAAUCCCGUCCGGAUUCCUCAGGCUGGGCUUGGGGGUUUGGCUCUGGCUGGAGGGAAGGAAGGAGCUUCCCGGGUUUCUGGGAAUGAAUGGAGUGAAAGGGCCCUGCUGGAACAUCGGGGGUCUGCUCGGGAAGGGCAGGAAUUCAUCAGGAAUUAACAGGAUUUGGAGUCAUU